AUGAAGUUGAACAAGAUCCUUUGUGGUUUAUCCACAUUUGUAUUGAGCGUUACUGCGAUACCCCUGUUUGAAAUCCCAAAUGACUAUGAUCGAUAUGGUAAACAAUGCCCUUUGUUUGCUCAUGACAAUGUAGCAUGUCCUAUGAUUUGCGUCACAAAUCAAAACUUGUGUCCUACUGCAUUGGCUGCUACAUGUCCUACAGGCUUAACAUUUUGUGGUGAUGGUACUUGUCAGCAAUCAUGUGCUGACAUUGCUAACGCUUGUCAAUGUGGAGACGAUACAGUGCAAUAUUUCCCUUGUGCUGCUGGCCAACUCGUCAACAUCUCUCAUUUUGAUCCCAUCAAUCAAGUGGUGCAAAUCCAAAACACAUGUGCUGCAAACGCAAACAUCUCAAGUGCCAGCAUUGGUGCUUGGGGUGAUUUCAAUACCUCUUCUCUCUGGCUCUCUUGUCCUGUCAUUGAGCCCAAAUUCACCUAUACUGAGCCCAUGUGGAUUGCUGUGUGGGCAUUGAUGGGUGCUGAAGCUGCUAUUUUGGCUCUUUGGGCCAUCUACAAGUCGCUUCGAGAAGCCAAAUAUCACCGCGCUGUUUCAUCGCAUCUUAAAUCUGCUAGCUCCAACACUGUCAACGCUACCAACUCAACAUCUCAUCAAGAACAAGCGAUUAGAGUUAAUAGUCAGAUUGAUGAAGCGGAAUACAAACUGGAUGUUGCAAAGAAGGACAACGAGAAAGCUGCUGCUGCUGCUGCUUCAUACAGCGACGAGAAGUCUGAGGGCAAAUACACAAAUUCCACUGUGGAAUCUGACUCUAUCAAGGAAUCCGAGAAAUUGAAGUUUCGCGGUUUCCUCAAUGACUACUUUGGCAUGUUUGGAUUUGCCUCUUGUGUAAUUACAACCUUAUUAUUCUUUGUGUUUUUGGGCUGUUUGGUUGGUGAUUAUUAUGGCACUUUGGGUGAUGGUGCUUUGACGGUAUUCUUGUCGGGCGAUGUGUCAUCCAAGAUUUUCACUGCUGUCUGGCACAUUGCCGCUGCUUGGUUCUGUGUUAUGAUGUUUACCAAGAAGACCAUUCGCAACUACUUUAGAAUCGAAUCAUACCCUCAUAAAUGUCCCUAUGUUCAAGUGGAACGCAAACAGGACGAGCUGAUUUUUUUGGCUGAUGGCAGUAAAUGGAUUUCAAAGCUCAGAGUCCUUGAAAGACGUGUAACCGAGCGUUUGGGAAUGAAUGUCCUGGUUUCUACAUGCCCCGUCAAGCUGACAGAAAACAAGCUCCGUUAUUUUGAAUACCAAUGUAUGCGAUAUGUUUACAAUACUGAUAAAUCAAGAUUCGAACCUUACGAAUUUGAUCUGGGAUCUACCAACAGAAAGCUCCAAGGUUGGUCAAAGGGUGUAUCCAGCCAAGAGGCAAAGAGCAGGGCUGAUUUUCUCGGUGCCAACAUUAUCAAGGUGGAUGUCCCUUCCAUUCCUGUUGCCAUCUUGCAAGAAUUCUCCUCCUUUUUGUAUCUCUACCAAAUGAUGUGUAUGUGGGUCUGGUACUACUUCCAAUACUAUCAAAUGGGUCUUGUGCAAACCUGUAUUAUUCUCGUUGCUGCAUUUAUCCGUGUCUUUUUGCGUCUCAGAGCAGAACACCGUAUUAAGGAAAUGGCAGAACAUGUUACAGAUGUCACUGUGUUACGUGAUGGCCAGUGGACCACCGCUUCCAGUGCCGAUUUGAUUCCAGGCGAUGUCUUUGAAGUCGAAGAAAACACCCUGAUCCCUUGUGAUGCUGUUGUUCUCUCAGGUACUGUUGUUGUCAACGAGUCUUCUCUCACUGGUGAGGCUAUGCCUGUUCGUAAGUUUGCUAUUGCUAAUGAUGACAAUGCCUAUGAGAUGAAUGGCUCUGGUAAAUCAAACACCUUGUUUGCUGGUACUAUUGUCCAACAAACCACUCCUGCUGUUUCCACUGACGAAGAGCGCCGUGUGUACGCAUUGACACUUCGUACUGGUAUUGCCUCUGAAAAGGGUAUGCUGAUCCACAAGAUUCUCUUCCCAUCUCCUGUUUCUUUCAUCUUUAAUGAGCAUUUGAAGGUUGCCAUUUGCAUCCUGUUGGUGUGGGGUCUUGUUGCCUUCUGUCUAACAUUGUAUUUGAUGGGUCGUGGUAACAUUACUAGUUGGUACUAUGGUGUCUUUAUCAUCUCUGAAAUCUUCUCUCCUUUGCUUCCUGCUGCUUUCACUAUUAACCAAUCUGUUUGUGCUGCUCGCUUGAGAGGCAAGAAGAUUCUCUGUAUUGAUCUUCCUCGUAUCAAUCUCGCUGGUAAGGUGCGCAUCUUUUGUUUCGAUAAGACGGGUACUCUUACUCGUGAAGGUUUGGAAUUCUAUGGCUCUGUCUCUGCUCCCUCUGCUGUCAUCGCCCCCUUUGGUCAUCGUGAAGAAGAUCCCCUCAAGAUGGAGCCCAUUUUGGCUAUGGGCAUUGCCACCUGUCAUGCUGUCACCAAAGUCAAGGAGCAAUACAUUGGUAACCCUGUCGAUAUUGAAUCGUUCAAUGCUAUGAAAUGGGAUUUGUUAGAACCCACUGAAGCUGCUUAUUUGGAUACUUUGGCUGUGCCUUCUGCUACGCCUACCAGUGAAAAGAAGUUGGUCCAUGUUGUGCGUCGUUUUGAAUUCGUCCAUGCUCGUGCCUCUCAAUCUGUCGCUGUGCUCGAUCCCGAAACGCAGCAUGUCCAUGUCUUCCUCAAGGGCUCUUUUGAGAGAGUCAAGUACCUCUCUCAUCCUGAUUCCAUCCCUGUGGAUUAUGAUCAACAAGCUGCCAAGUAUGCUCAGGAAGGUUGUUAUGUAUUGUCCAUGGCUCAUCGUAAUAUCGGUGUCUUGGGCCAAGAUGUUACUAUGGAACAACUCAAGUCCAUGACGCGUGAUGAGCUCGAGCAAGACUGCAGUUUUGCUGGUUUCGUUCUCUUCCGUAACAUGUUGAAGCAUGAUACUACGGAUGCGAUUGCUGAAUUGAAGGGUGGCGACACCCGUGUCGUGAUGAUUACUGGUGAUACUGCUUUGACUGGUAUCUUUAUCGCUCGUCAGUGCGGUAUGAUUGAACCUCAUCAGCGUAUUCUCUUGGGUGAUCUUGUGAAUAGUACUGUUGUUUGGCAUGAUGUUGAAUCUGGAGACCAAGUCGAUGUAGAUCAAAUCAUUGACCAAGAUCCUCGUGAGGAACAUGAGAAGCGUGUGGAACUUGCUAUUACUGGUCGCGCAUUUGAAGCCUUGAUCAAGGAAGACAGAAUGCGCAAAUACCUCUUGAUGACUCGUGUGUUCUCUCGUAUGACUCCCAAUGACAAGGUGAUGUGUGUUCAACUUCAUAUGGAAAAGGGUGUCACUGCCAUGUGUGGUGAUGGCGGUAAUGAUUGUGGUGCUCUUCGUGCUGCUCAUGUUGGUCUGGCCUUGUCAGAAGCCGAAGCAUCUAUUGUGUCUCCCUUCAGCACUAGCAACCGUUCUAUUAUGCAAUGUGUCGAGCUCCUGAAACAAGGUCGUUCUGCUCUGGCUACCAGUUUCUCCAACUACAAGUUCAUGAUCUUGUACGGUAAUGUCAUGUCGUGGUGGGAACUGUUGAUGUUCUAUUUCAGUGUCAUUGCUCCUCAACCCCAAUGGAUCACUAUUGACGGUUUCAUCACUACGCUCAUGACAUUGGCUAUCACUCAAGCACAGCCUGCCAAAAAGUUGGCUUCUUCCAGACCUACUGCCAAGCCCUUGGGCCCUUAUACUCUUGCUUCCUUGUUGGGUGUUAUUUUCGUCAACUUUUGGUUCAUGGUGACCAGUGUUGUUUGGCUGUUCCAGCAAGACUGGUUCGUCUGUAACGAAUUUGAUAGUUCUUCCAUCGAUACUGCCAAGUGGUGGUUGAUUGGUGACAACUAUGAAGCUGCCAUCAUCACGUUGGUUGCCAUUUUCCAAUUCUUUAACAGUGCUGCUAUCGUCAACUUUGGUUCAGUGUUCAGACGCUCUUGGUGGAGAAACUACAUCUUGGUCUUUUUUUACUGCUGUUUCUUUGUGCAUACCAGUUUCCUCAUCUUGGCUGAUCCCAAUCCUUACAGUUGUAUCUUCCGUAUCAAUUGUGGUACUAGCUCUAAAUUGGUUGAACUCGGUUACCCCCAACCUUCUUGGGAUAUCCCUGACUACAACUCUCCUGUUGGCCACAAUGUCUUCCCCAAGUCUUUCCGUUGGCAGUUAUGGGGCUUUGUUCUUGGUAACUGUCUCAUCAACGUCAUCUGGGAGCGUGUUGUCCUGUUAUGGUUCCUCAGAAACAAGUACAUCAAGAAGAACAAGGAAACCCCAAAGAAAAACAGAGCUGUCUUUAAGCUUUAA